GAAGACGAUCAUGGGAGAUAUGGAGGAAGGUGCAAAUGUUCAACGACCACCUCUGUUGAGAGGACCAAACUAUAACUUUUGGAAAGGACGUAUGAGAGCGUUCUUGAAAUCACAAGGCGGAAGAGUAUGGAGAAUCAUAAAAACUGGGUGGACAGAGCCAACGGAAACAGAUGCAGAAGGUGUGAAAGUGAUCAAAACUUUCGAAAAAUACUCAAAGGAAGAAGCCCAAGAUGCUGAAUGCAACGACAGAGCACUAAAUGCAUUAUUUGGGGCUGUUGAUAGUUCACAAUAUAGGCUCAUCUCAAACUGCACUGAGGCCAAGAAAGCCUGGGAAAUUCUCGAAACUACACAUGAAGGGGACGAGAGAGUCAAGACAGCAAAAAUCCAGAUUCUUAUGACUAAAUAUGAAAGCCUGCGUAUCGAUGAUAAAGAAAGGAUAGCUGAUUUUCAUGGAAGAGUAAGGGAGCUGGCAAACGAAGCUGAAAAUCUGAAGCGUCCAUUCACCGAAGACAGUUUAGUUUUGAAAGUGUUGAGAGCUCUACCAGAAUCCUAUGCAAUGGAUGCCAAAGCAAUUCGUCAGGCACAUGAUAUCAAGAAUAUGACUUUAGAUCAACUUAUGGGGAAUCUAGAGACUAUUGAACUGCAAAUGAAUGAAGAGAUCAAACGGAAAAAGAAUGAAAAGUCAAUUGCUUUUCACAGCCUGGCUGACGAAGAGGAUAAUGAGGAUGAUACUGCACAGGAUGAAGAUUUUCAAGAGCAACUGUCACUUUUCACUAAACAGUUCAAAAAUCAAUGGAUACAAAAGAAAGGGAAGAACAACAUCCAGGGUGAUUCCUCCAAAGGAAUACAAUUCAGAAGUGCACGACCAAGGGAGACAAAACCUUCAAAUGAUGAUUUCAGGAAAAAGGGGCCGCAGUGUUUUGAAUGUGGAGGUUUUGGUCAUAUCCAAUCUGAAUGUGCUAAUAAUCUCAAAAAGAAGAGGCAAGCGUUCAUGUCAACAUGGAGUGAUGAUGAGGAAGAAACUGAAGAUGUUAUGGGGAAUAGCAAUUGUGCGUUUGUCACCCAGUAUGAAGAAGAAAAUGUUGAGGAUGCAGCUGAACAACUCUCAGUACUCCAAGAGAAGUGGACAGAGCUUCUUCUUAUUCAUAGAAAGAACAUUUUAGAAAAGAAUCAACUGGCAGCAGAAGUUGAUGAUCUUCGAAAGAAACUGGAUGAAGUCAAGCAGCAGCUGAACCAAACUGAAGGAGAGAAGUCUGAUCUGAAAUAUGAACUCACUCAACUUAAAAGCUAUCAAAAGUGGAUGAAGAGUGCAGGAGCUGAAAAGAUCGAGGAGAUGGUGAGCACGUCAAAAUUCUAUGGGGACAGAUCUGGAAUUGGACACAUAGCAUCUGAAGGCAGUAAGACUCCACUGGACCUGUUCACAAACGAAUUAAGGGACUUCACCAAAGAACCAGAUACAAAGGAGUUUCCUCAACACAACUCAAGCAAGGGCAAGGAGAAAGUGAUUCAGCAUUCCGACUAUCAUAGAUUGAAGAAUCCCCUCAAAAAGCGAAAUGCAAUUUUAUUGAAGAAAUUUGCACAAGCUCGAGCAAAGCUGCAGACCAAAAUUUCCUCAGAAGAAGACCAUAGGGCAUCGUCACCACUUCUACCAGAUGAAAACUCAAAGCCAAAUCCUCCGCAUGCAGGAUCUCACGAAGCACAACUUGAUGAAGCACCUCUUAAACCGGAUCUGCCAACCGUGUUCUAUUUGGAAUACAAGACAGAUGAGAAAUCUCAAAGGAUGCAAUCUACUCCAGAUGAAAUUGACAAAGCAGAUGAGAAAAAUCGUUCAGAUUCCAAGCAACAGGAUGAGCCAUGCAAAACCACACCAAGUGAACCGUGCCAGACUGAAAUUGGUGGAGAUGACGAGGAGUUUCUGGAUUUGUUGGAUGAAGAACCUUUGAUGGCUAUUUCAGAAGUUCCAUUCCAUACGUCGGCCAUCACAGUCAAUUCCUCCAAGAAUCAGAAAGAAAAAGUCAAGGUAUCAGUUCCCAAUCCAGUUCGCUGGUCCAAACGCAAAAUGGCAUCAGAAAUCCACACACCUGAAGCAUCAUCACCCCCCUCCAAAAAGGUCAAAAACAGCCUCAAGAAGCAAACCUCCAACUCCAAGACACCUCAGACAAGAACGAAGAAACAACAGAACAAUCUUCCAGGAAAGUCCCCUGAUAUUAUUUUUCUCUCUUCAAAUGCUAAGUCAUUUAUGAAUCUGAUUGAGAAAAAGCACAUCAUUCCCCAGCGGAAUAUUGAUGUUGAUGAUUUUAGUUUGAAAACCAAUCUCUUGCCUCUGUUGAAAGAUAGAAAACUAUUGCAAUCUGUAACCCUGCCUGGGUCAUAUGUCAAGCAAGUUAUCCGUGAAUUUUACUGCAAUAUAAAUGAGAGUUUUGUUAAUCCUGGUACUGAGAAUUUUGAGAAGGUGUUUGUGCGAGGGAAGCACUAUGAUUUCUCACCUGCAGCAGUGAACGAAUUCUUGGGUACACUUGAUGAACAGGAUGUGCACAUAGGGGAAGCUACUAUGUGGAGAGAACUGACACAUGGUACAAGGAAUAGUCAACACCCCUCAAACAAAGUCCCCUCAUCUAUCUUGAACAGCUCCUACUCCAUUCUCUUACGCGUUGCAGCAUGUCACUGGCUUGCUACCACACAUACAAAUACUAUCACCAAGGCCAUGGGGAUGCUUCUCUACAAGAUCAAAAAUGACAUCCCACUCAACCUCGGGAAGCUAAUUAUGCUUGUUUCCCAGGGAUAUGUCAAAGUUGCUGCUGACAAGGAGGAGCCACCAGAGCCACUACUGCAGGUCGACUACAGGCACUUUGAACGCAAUCACUUCAAUGACAUGGAGUCCACUCCAAGCUCUUCUAAGCAAGGAGUGUCCGCUGUGCUCAAAUAUCUGGAUGCCAAGCUACAAGCAAACCAGGAAGAGAUGACCAUAAUACAGGCAAAACAAACAGCACAUAACUGGCACUCUAUUUCUGGAGGAGCACUUAUCUGGAGGAGCACAUAACUGACAAAACAAACAGCACUUAUCUGG